AUGUCAUCGGAAACAAAUCUUCUAUACCCACCGCCCAAGAAGUCUACGUACCCGAUCGUCUCAAUCGUCGUCGAAAAGAAAGGAGACGAAACAAAAACUUCGAUGAGGCAAAGUGAGAUCUACGCUUACAGUCCAUGGAUUAGAAUUGGAGGAGGAUGCAUGAUCAUGCCAACGAUCAACUACGAUGAAUUCCAGCCUGGAGAUUGGUUUAAAUCAAAACCAGUAUAUGCAACGGAUCGAUCCGGAGAAGUUGCUGAUGAGAGAGAGUUGACAUGCUUACAAAAGAUCAACCCGUCGGAUCACAACAUAUGCAAAAUCCCUCCUACGAGAGUGGUGAAUGGCAACGUCCAAAUUGUGUGCGCAUUCAUGCUCUGUCCGAAAUUCAUCCAAAAUUUGACGACCAAAAAUUCGUUUGGUUGCUAUAAGAAACUAUAUUUGCUGAAUAUGGGCCAAGGAUUCGUUCACUCCAAUCAUCCGUUCUUCCGACAAUUAGAUUCGAAGAUCUACUUUGGUGUGUUCGAGUUCCGAGCCAAGGAUAAUGGAGCUGUCAACUUUUCCUCCCGCUCAAUACUUCGUAAUCAAUCGAAUAGUUUAUUGGAACGAGAUUGCAUGUGGGAAUUGGUGGAUAUUCUGGAAGAUGUAGUAGGAGAGGAAGUCAAAGAAGAAAUGGAAAAUAAGAUCGAUAAACUUCGUGAAGCUGCCAAAUCUUACCACGAAGAACUAAAAAAUCGACCGAUUGAUGAAUCAGCUGUUAAGAAGGAAGCACUGAAUGAGAGAGGAUUCGAAUCUGAAAAACAUCCAUCGCCAUGCUCACCACCAAACAAAAAUGCAUCUCCUUCUGAGCCAACAACUUCGAAUGAGAUUGAAUAUCUAGACUUGGAAUCAUAUAGAUCUAGAAUUAUUGUAUCUGGAAAAUAUCGAGGAGCAGAUGGAGUUGUUGUGGAGAAAUGGAAAGAUUUGGAGACAGGAGAAAUGUCGACGAGUGACGAUAUUCUAGUUUUCAAGUUCAAUGCUCGCUACGGAGUCAUCGAACAUUCAACUCCAACUACAACUACUCCAACCACGUCUCACUCUUCGAACAAGGCGGUUAUCUUGAAUUCAGAAUCUGAAGAGAAUCAGAGAGAAGAACCGAAACCCGUUGAAGAAGAUCCCGAUGUUACAAUGUAUACGUUGGAGCUUCGUGGAGAUAACAACGCCAACCCGAUUCCAAAAUCUCAAAGUGAUCACCGUCAUUAA